AUGGCCGACCCCACUUGCUUCAAUCACAUCGAGAUCCUGUCGAGUGCCCAUACAAAUCACGACGAUUGUACGCCCAUAGAUCUCAGGCCUAUUCCGGCUGUCCAGGGUAAUAGAAACAGGGAAAGGGAUCGUGAAGCGAAUCUCGCCCGCCCCGUUCGCAGAUUUUCUCCAGCAGGCUCCGAAUCCGAUAUAGAAGACAACGGUGGCGCCCCUUACCGGAUCAAAGCAGCACCUAUCAGACAGUGGAAGCCAUAUGAGCGAGUCAAUCCAGGGCGCAUUUGUGUCUCAACUCAAAAUGCUCCAUCGCGUACUACUCAUGUGGGGGCCUAUCGAGAGGCCAUCGUAGUCCCGCAUGAGGCGUCGGCGGGAAACUCGACUGAGGCAGCGACGGCAUCUCGUACGGUCAUUGCUGAGCCAAGAGAGAGAUCCGCUAUGGCUCCACGGCUUGCGAUACCCACUCAGCUCGGUGUGGAGGGCGGCCUGCUCGCACGGCCUGACGGGCAAGCAGGGAGACCUAAUAGAGGAGGCUUCACCUUAAAGAGCGCCUUGAACUGGGCAGAGUCAGACUACAAAUAUGUCAAGGAUUGGGUGCACAGGGAGGUUGACACGAACUUGUCGUGCCUACUGAAGUUCGGCGCUCAGGAGGAGGCGAUGAGGGCGAUUCGUGAGAAGGUUAGGCACGAUGCAAAGCUGGCUUUUCUGGAGCAAUAUGCAGACCACUGGCCGGUCGUAGAGCUGGCACGGGCAAGGCAUACGUAUAACAAGAGAACUAUCAUGAAGCAGAUGGGAAGGGCAGCUUUGAAUCGUGAGAGGGAAGGGCAGCUUUGA